GUAUCCAUUCUUGUAUCCACAGGUAUAUGAAGACUGGACAAUGGCCCCAGGAGAAUUGGGAGAUGUUCCUGUUACAGUAUUCUCAGCUGCUCAUCCUCCAAGUUCCAGAAAGAGGCCGUAUAUUGAAAGGGCAUUACAGGCCAGUCGUGUAUACAGACAUCCAGGACUACUAAAGUACAUCGAUGGUGGUAUUAUAGGGGAAGUUGUUGUAAUAACCGAAAGAGCAAAACCACUGCUACACCACGACUUGGAUCAAAUGUCACCACUGCACAUCUCAGCUGGAUUGUUGUCCAUUAUAGAUACUCUGGUUUUUCUUCAUGAUAGGGCUGGUGUAAGUCAUAAUAAUGUCAGUGCUGCCAGUAUAUUCAUCACUAGUGAUGGAACAUGGAAAUUAUGGGGACUGGAGUAUUCAUGCAGUUUUGGGGAGCUAACUCGAGAUCACAUUGAACACAUUAAUGGUUACUGUCAUGAAAAAUCAAUACCACCGGAUGAUAAAGCAAGAAUAACACCUGCAUAUCAACAUGCUCGCGAUUCUUAUGCAUUUGCCUGUCUCGUAGAAGAAAUUUUAACACCUGACAGAGUGGCAGAUAUUGCCGGGGCGGAAGAGUUCAUUUCUUGGCUUCGCAGCAGCGGCAAGAACAAGGACUGGACACAGAGGCCUCGAUUAUCUCUUUUAGCAAACCACCAGAUAUUCCACCAUGACUUUUUGAAACUCCACCACAAUCUUACCAAUGUCCUCCUGCUUUCGGAUCACAAGAGGGAAGAAUUUGUCAAGUCUUUAGCCGACUCCCUGUGCAAGUAUCCAGAGGAGCUGGUUUCAAGUACCUUGGCUGGAGCACUAUUGAGUCGUCCUCUGCUACUGCAUCCAGCAGCUGCAACCCAUCUUAUGCCCAAGCUGCUCAUACCUCAGUCAAGCUCAGAAAAAGAAGGGGAAUCUGGACUGUUUUCCCCAGAGGUCUUCCGUCGGGACAUUAUCCCACAGGUGGUGAGGCUCUACAGCGUCCAUGAUGCUACCGUGAGAAACAUUCUCCUCACUUUCCUCCCCCACUACGUGUCACUGAUUCCUGAAGACAUCUUAGCUAAUGAUGUUCUGCCAGAACUUCUUUUGGGUAUACGAGAUUCCAGUGAUACUCUAGUGACAGCAACACUACACGCUCUCGCACAUUUAGUUCCUAUCCUUGGAGCCAAUAGAGUCAUAGGGGAAAAUCGGCAGCAUCUCUUCACCACUGCCAAACCCAAGGCAGCAGCAAGUUUGCCAGUAGGGAAAGGAAUGGUGCCUCAUCAACUAAAAAAUAGUGAAGGAACGGCCAAGAACACCAACGUUAAGCCAUGGACCACUUCUUCCAAAAGAACUAAAUCUUCAGGUAUGUAA